AUGACUCUAUUUGCUACAUUAUUGCACCAGUGCCUGAAUUCUAUCAAAAAGGGGUCCAGCAAAGAGAUAUCUUUAGCUUCCCAUGUUAUUGGUUUGCUGGCUUUAACUGUUGGUUCUGGAGAUAAUGCACGGGAAAUAUUGGAGGAGUCGAUAACGCCUAUUUCACAGGCUUCUAAAUCUGGUUCUGAAUCCUCUAAGAUAACUUCGUUAUUGGAGUGCUUGGCUAUCAUCACUUUUGUUGGGGGGAUCGAUCCAGAGGAAACAGAAAAAUCAAUGCAAAUUAUGUGGCAAUCUGUUCAUCCUAAACUAGGCUAUAAUGUUGUCACUGUCAAACCCUCUGCUGUUGUAAUAACAGCAGCUGUAUCUGCCUGGUCGUUUCUUUUGACAACUAUGGAUGGAUGGAGACUCAGUCCCAAACUUUGGCAAGAAUCCAUAGCAUAUUUGUCCACUUUGCUAGAUAAGGAUGACCGGUCUGUGCGUAUUGCUGCUGGAGAAGCACUGGCAGUAAUAUUUGAGAUGGGAAGCUUAGAGAAGUUUGCUGCUGAAGCCAAAGGAUCAAAUAAUGGCUCAAUAUCUGAAGGAAAUAAAUCUAAAGAAGGAUUCUUACACAUACAAGGACUGAGGGGGAAAAUUCUGAAUCAAAUCCGAGACCUCUCUGUGGAAGCUGGUGGUAAAGGUUCUGCCAAGAAAGAUCUUAACAACCAGAGGAAUUUGUUUAAGGAUGUUUUGGAGUUCCUUGAGGACGGUUAUUGUCCCGAGACAUCAAUGAAGAUAGGCGGGGAUUCAUUGCGGACAUCAACAUGGUCGCCGUUGAUUCAGUUAAACUUUUUGAGGCACUUUCUUUGUGGAGGUUUCACUAAACACAUGCAGGAAAACGUGUUCCUUCAAGAUGUUUUUGGUUUUACUCCAAAAAGGAGGAAUCUUCUAGGCAGUGAACAUAUAUCCAACUGUCAAAAGAGAGUGUUGAAAUCACCAAACUCGGUCAUCAGCAAAACAAGAACCCAGAUCUUGAACAAGCAGAGGAUGCAAUCUAAGGAUAGACGCUUUGGGCACUUUGCUGUCAAUGUUGGUGAAGAAGAUGAAUAAUCUUCUACAGGACGAGGGCUCUGAUUUAUUGAAAUUCAAAAAGGAUAGGGCAGGAACCAUUUUGGUUAAAAUUUUCUAUUAUUGUGCAACCUUGAUCGAGUGUGUACGAGGCAUGAGAAGCUAUUUGAGUUGGGAAUGGCAUAUAAUGAAUAAGAAGCAGCCAAUCCUGCACGAUCACUUCUGUAAUAAUCUAAUGAUGUAUCUCUCAAGUUAUGAAUAUGACUCGGAUCGUUUUAUAGAUAUUUACAC